GGGGGUGAUGGCAAACUAUGGGUAAGAGGCCAUAGGUACUCAGAACUUUUGCACACGCCAUGGCUUGAAGCAGAACCCGUGUGUACUGGCGCCAACCACAGCCCACGUGUCUCUCUACAAAGGCUGCACCAUACUCGGCAUGGGGAAGGGGAACCUGAUCACUAUACCCGUGGAUGAGAACGCGCGGAUGUGUGUCAAAGGUGUGAACGGGCUCCGCGACUUGCUAGAAGACAAGCUGGCGAACAAGGUCCCUGUAGUGAGUGUCAUCGCCAUCUUGGGCACGACCGAAGAGAGUGCUGUGGACCCCCUGACCGACGUCAUUGAGCUUCGCAAUGAGAUGCGCAUGCGGGGCUUGAAUUUCAUGAUCCAUGCAGACGGGGCCUGGGGAGGUUACUUCUGCACCAUGUUACGGACCCCACCAAAACCAGUAGAUGAGGAUGAAGAACAUCCGGAAUGGUUCGUUCCAGAGAUGCAUCUGAGUACAUACACCACCAAGCAGCUCUCUGCAAUUCCACACUUAGAUACGAUCACGAUUGACCCACAUAAAAGCGGCUUCUGUCCCUAUCCCGGCGGAGCGAUCUGUUACCGCGACAAACGCAUCAACAGCUUCUUGGGCAUCACCAACCAAGUGUUGUACUACCAUGGAGCACUGAACCUCGGAGAUGUGGGCAUUGAAGGAUCCAAGCCUGGCGCUGCGGCGGCGGGAAUCACCAUGGCUCACAGGGUUGUAGGCCUACAUAAGAACGGCUACGGUCGUAUCUUGGCUGAGUGCACAUUCACCUCCAAGCUGUUGUACUGCCUGUGGACCUGCCUGGGACAGGACGAUGACCCCUUCUUUGUGGUACCCACCAAACCUUUACCACCAGACCGCACCCUUGAGGAGCACAUCAAGUUCAUGAGGACCCGUAUUCUGAACAGGACUAACGAGGAGCUCGCUCAGGAUACAGAAGCCAUGGAAUACCUUCGCGAGAUUGGCCCCGAUACCAUGAUUCCUUGCUUCUCCUUCAAUCUGAAGAACAACCCGGACGUGAAUUUGUGCAAUGACCUGGUACAGGUGGUGUUUAAGGAUCUGUGCAUGAAUGAUGAUCGUGUGUCUUCGUAUCGCUUCCCCAUGCUGGUCACAGCGUCGACUCACCCACAUCACAACCACAGCAUCUCUCUCAAAGAGUUCAAGAAACGUCUCGGACUCGACCCGUAUGACACGACAGGAGUCAAGUACAUCAUCACUACGUGCAUGGAUCCGUGGGCGACCUCCAUCGACUUCGUGGAUGAUCUGGGCGCCAUCAUGAGGAACGCCAUUCUUAAUGCCAUUGGAACGGUGACAGACCCGAACGUCCACCAUGACUUCAUCACCACUGGUCAGCUGACAGGCGACAAAAAGAACAAGCACAUGAUUUGCUACUACGCCGGUCAGUUUCCGGCGGUUUCGCACCAGUACUGCGCUGCUUUCAAGAUCCAGUUCUUCAACUCAGCCGAGGGGGAGGCUGUGGCAGACGCGGCCGCUAAGCAUACUGAGCCGCUGACCCUUCGUAGCGUGGAACAAGAACGUCUCCAUGAUCUUCUGUUGUACGACUUUGACAAAGGGGACACUGGCAGACAUGAACCAGAAGUCAAGGUUGACUGCUUCUACGGCUUGCCAACGGAGGGGAAGGCGCCGUUUAUGCGGACGACGGUCAGGGUGGUAGACGUGGCCAGAUUUGAUCACUUCGAUCAUACGGUGAAGGAAUAUCCAGAAUCAAGCAGAUACUUCAUGUAUGGCUCAGCUGGCAAGGCCUUCCUCAUGCACAUCCCGACCAAACAGCCGGACUUCCUGCAGCUCGUCGAGUUGAGCGCUGUACCGGAGGGCGUGUCUCCCCUGAUCUUGCAACACGGCGUUGAGGUCGAGAUGCCAUUUUCUGGGACCCCCCAGACGUCUGGCAAGGCGAUCGUGGACCCCCUGGACAAGCCACAGUACGAAGUGGGAGUGAAAAUCGAAGGAGGAGCCGAGAUAACAACCAAGAUCGAUAUUGCUAAGAAGAUCUGGUUUGACGGAAGUGUCGUUAACGGAACAGCUUGAAAAGAUUCGUCGCAAUGAUGACAAGACUGCCCCCGGCUGAUAAGAGCAAUGAAAGAUGUAAACUCGAGCAAUAAAUGUCCUGUAGCAUGAA